GCUGCUGCUAACAGCACAAGCUGCUUUCCUUGAAAGUUUCCUGCAAUAUGAGCUGUGAUGGUUAUGACAUGUGCAGUAUCAGGAGGGCUCUGAGUGCACCACCGAAUGAAAACUGAUAAAGUUACAUUAGUGCAGCAUUGCCUAACCCCCCUCUCAUAUUUCCACAUAUAGUAUUUAAAGUGAAUGGCACGUACACUGGACUUUGUUUAGGGUGAACAUGUGUGUGUGGGUGUGUGUGUGUGCACAAACAUGCACGGAAGUGAGUGUAGGUGUGUGUAUGCUCAUCAGAUGACGUUUGUUUGCAGUCCCCCACUAUAUCAUCCAGUCCAGAUGUGAGCUCCGAGGUUACAGACAACUCGCCGUCAGAGAAGACUGUCACUUCUUGGAUCUGUAUCCGACUCAGCAGCAGGUAAUCAUUUCUCCCCAUUAAGAAAAUUCUUUUUGCUAAAAACUUCACGAGAAUUUUACACAACAAUUUGCAUUCUGCUGUGAGAUUUCUCAAGUUUGAUCAACUUGUUUAUCACCUCUCAGUGCUAAAAUGUUUCUUUUGGUGUUUUUUUCUGUUUUCUUUAGAAAUGAAUGCAAAAUACGCAGUGGCCCUGAUCCUUGCUCUGCAAGGUAAGCUUCAUAUUAUUGCAAUCUGAGCCUUUAACUGAAUCUUAUGUAUGUUUUAAUCUUAUUUGUAGGAGGAUAUCAAAAUGAAAUAUAGUGGUUUUAAAUGUUAAUGCUUUUAAUUGCUCAUCUUUUCUUGUUGCACAAAAGCGUAAGAAUGACUUUGAUUACACUAAAAGUAAUGAGACUAACUUUGUGGUGUGGCUUUCUCCAACAAUGUACAAUAAUACUGAGCUGCUGCUACACAGCAAAAAACAGAAAAAUCUGAUUUUGGAUGCAAAUUACCAGGAGAAAGCAAAAAAAAAAAAAAAAAGAAAACUGAAGCACAAGAGCUUCCUCUAAAGCACAGAAAUGAAGAGUAGCUUUCUAUAUCCCUGAAUACAGGAUGAAACAAGGAUAUUUCUAAAAUCAUCAGCAUUUCUGACUAAAUAAUUGCACAAUUCUCUCUUCACUCCAGUCUCCAUGAGCUUGUGUGAAGUGCCCCAGCCAUCACAAGAACUUGUUGAUAAGUACAAUGAGCUAAAAGCUACAUUCAUGAAGAGAAUAAUGAAUGUUGCCAACAAGAUCCAGACUGCUGCUGGUCCUAUGGUGGCACAAGCUGGACAAUUGGAACAAGCCGGACCCGUUAGAGAAUAUGUUGAGGACCUGCAGAACAGGCCUGGGUUCCAAGCCUUUGUUGCAUUUGCCACGUGAGUGAGAAUCCCAUACAAUUUAGCAGUUCUCUACAGAAUUUUAAUACAUAUGUUCAACUUGACUGCAUGUUUGCAGCUCUUAUACGUAUUAAUGUCUGCACUAAAUUUGUACGAAAAAGAAAAGGGCAUUUCUCGAUGUGCAUCCUUAAUAAUUUGUUUUCUUUGAAACUUGCAGAGGCAUGGCUGACGAGGCAAGGCCCCUGGUUGACAAAGCCCGCACAGCACUUCUGGGUAUGUACGAGGAACACCUUCGGCCCAAGUACGGCGAGGGGCUGAAUGAGGCCAUCAACCAGAUCAAGGUCUUCCUGGACAAAUACAUGCCCACUGAGUAAAGAAGAAAAACAACCACCUAUCAGCAGCCUGUUUUAGAUAAUAGUUCAUAGAAAGUGCACAAAAUUUGUCGGAGAGGAGCAAUGCACAAUGCAAAUACAAUCUUUUGCCUCUUUUCAUGUCAACAUCCUUCAUGAAUCAUGCAAAGUUAAAGCUGUACAAACAUGUCAACACCAUCUAUGCAAAUUGUGCAUGUAUAGUAUUUUGUGUUUGAUACACUAACCGCGGUGAGAUUGUGUAUGUUAAUGUGUGAGUUUGUUCAUUAAAACAAACUGAGUACUACCAAUGACGUGUUUCUUUAUCAAGACGUUGAUUUCAUGACAAAUGCUGUUACAUUAUUUCACCUCAUGAGCUAAGACACGAUCCAGA